UUUCCAAUACAUUGUGCUUUAAAUUUCUUCUACAAGCUGAACAUGGCUAUCACUUCCUUCACUGAUGAGUACACUUGUCCUAUUCCUCCAUCAAGAAUCUUUAAAGCCUCCAUUAUUGAUUCUCACAAUUUGAUGCCAAAGCUAAUGCCACAAGCUAUUAAAAGUAUUGAAUUUGUUCAGGGUAAUGGAGGUGCUGGAAGUAUUAAGCAAAUCAACUUUCCUGAAGGUGGCAAUUUUAAGUCCAUUAAGUAUAGGAUUGAUGAGCUUAAUGAAGAGAAAUUUGUUUACAAAUACACUUUGAUUGAAGGUGAUGCCUUGGUUGAUAAACUCGAAAAAAUAACUUACGAGGUGAAGUUUGAGCAGUCAGCAGAUGGUGGUUCUAUCUCUAAGGUGACAAGCACAUAUUAUACGGAGGGCGAUUUCAAGCUCAAGGAAGAAGAAAUUAAAGCAGGCAAAGAGAAAGUCUUAGGAAUGUAUAAAGCAGUAGAAGUCUAUCUCCUGCAGAAUCCUGAUGCAUAUGCUUAAUGUUCUGAGAUAUGCUUUUCUGUAGUGUGUGUUAGUUUGGAAGUGGUGUCUGUGGUCUUAAUUUUUCAAUAAGUAUAUGUUGUCUAAGUAUAUGCUUUUGUAAUUGGCUUCUCAGUACUUUUUUAUAAAUAAAUGAAUAUCCUGUUUUUUUUUCC